UAGUCCCAGAACUGACUUUGCCUUUCCUGUGGAAGGCAGAACCUCCCUAGUUGGUUCACAAAUGACUGUUAUAGCAGGAAUUUGUAGAUAUUAUACACUCAAAUCUAUAGCAUUGGGGGUGGGUAAAGAGGAAGAUACAUUGUGGAGCACCAAGGAUUAGGGGGAUAGUGAAAACACAGGGUCUAUGUUCCCCUUUGCCAGCCCAGCUUUUUGGCUUCCUCAGGAGAUGACCUACUGGUUGCAGAGAGAACUCUCAAAGAUUUCCAACCACCUGGCAUGCAACUAUGGAAUAGCUGGAAAUCCUCAGAAGAGGAUAAGGUAGAGGAAAUCUCCAAAGCCCUGAAGCCCCUGAAGCAGUGCAAGAAGGAAGAGAAAGCAGAAAGAGAAUUCAGAAAGAAAUUUAAGGUCAGAAGUAAACAUCUCUGCAUCCUCCUCCUCUUCUUGGUACAAUCUGGCCCAAGUAUGAACUGGACCUGGUGGAAUUUUAAGGUCUGGGGGAUGAUGAUCAGAAUAGCCAUAAUUGCAGCACACUGGCUUUUUAAAAGACUUCCAGGGGAUUCUAUAAAUAUCUGGAUGAUUAACUGAGGGCAAAAAAAAGUCCCAGAUAAGUGACUGAAGCUAGACUACCACACUAAAUUACCCUUGUGCCUCUAGUUUGAAGGGGACAUUGUGACUUUGACAAGGAUGAUGAUUGACCCCAAUGCCAAUACCCGUCGUGGGGGUGGUAGAAACUUGGCUAUCAGACGUGGGGAGAUCCUGGACGUGAUCCAGUUCACCAGCCGAGAACAGAUUCUAUGCCGGGAUGUCAGAGGAAAAUGUGAGUUGGUUAUAGGCUUUAGGUAUGGGUGGAACACUUGUCCUUAUAACCCCAGCAAUCCUAAUGUUCCCUUUUUGCAGAUGGUUUCAUCCCUAGAACAGCUCUGCUUCCCCUGGAGACAGAAGUAUAUGAUGAUGUUAGUUUCUGAGAACAUCUUUGGAAUCCAGGAACUCUCCUCCUCCUCCGUGGUGGGUCCAGAGAAAAUUAUAAGCUUCUCCUUUAUGUAUUUACCCCAUCAGCCUGUACUGUUCUGUUCUCAUGCAUGAAUACUGACUGUAUUAAAAUUACCUCUUGAAGUA